CGAAGUGUCAAACAAAUAAUUUCAGAUUGAAAACUUUCGAAAUUUUUAGUACAUGCUGAUAUGAGCCAGAUAAAUCUUAUAGGCGCGAAUCUGCCAUUUGAAAAAUAUCGUACAAAAGAGUACAUUUCGAAAGUUUGUAGGGACAUUAUCGAAGAUAUUUUGAGGCAAACUUAUGAAGAAGAGUGUCCCGAUUUGAAUCCUACGCAAAGCUCACAAACUGAUCAGCAGAAAAUCUUAUUCGAUUACAAUUUGAGACUGAAAGGGGAAUUUUUCAAGAAGCUAGAUACACAGUGAAAUGGUUGAAACAAACAGGCUCGAACCUAAUGUGGUUCAACACUACGAUGACGAUCCAGAAGAUUUAGAGACAAUUCUUCUAGAGCAAACAUUCGAAAACAUUGAAGAUUCUUUUGAUAUUAUUGAAGUUGACAGUAACAGUGAAACUGAUCCCAAUGACAAAAUUAAAGAUAUUUUGGAUUCAAUGCAUUUGACCAUCAAUGAUAUUUUAAUGAAGACAAUUAAAGCUUUUAAUCAAACACCUGAAAAUAAUAACAAUUUGAAUGAAACAUAUUUGCUAAAGAUGGAAAUAAUAGAUAUUUCCAAACGUAUGGAAUUCCUCAACAAAAAGAUGAAGCUGAUGUUCAACUUUGUCAGUCUCUUGUUUUGUAUCAACAUUUUUUGUUUUUUGAAAUCAACAUUUUGUCCUGAUAUAGUUGCACAAUUUUUACAAUAA